AUGGGUGAUGCUGCCAUGAAGGAGUUUGGGCCAGCGGCCCCGUACUUGAGGAAGUCGGAUCGGGAGCGUCUGGAGGCCCAGACUCGCCCCUUCGACAUGAAGAAGGAAUGCUUUGUGCCCGACACCGACGAGGAGUACGUGAAAGCAUCCAUCGUCAGCCGUGAGGGGGACAAAGUCACCGCUCAGACUGAGAGAGGGAAGACUGUGACGGUGAAGGAGUGUGACGUCCACCCUCAGAACCCGCCAAAAUUUGAUAAAAUUGAAGACAUGGCGAUGUUCACCUUCCUCCAUGAGCCCGCCGUGCUGUUCAACCUCAAAGAGCGUUACGCAGCGUGGAUGAUCUACACCUACUCUGGGCUGUUCUGUGUCACUGUUAACCCCUACAAGUGGCUGCCAGUCUACAACCAAGAAGUAGUGAUCGCCUACAGAGGAAAGAAGAGGAGUGAAGCUCCUCCUCACAUCUUCUCCAUCUCUGACAACGCCUACCAGUACAUGUUGACAGACAGAGAAAAUCAGUCCAUCCUUAUCACUGGAGAAUCUGGUGCAGGGAAAACUGUCAACACCAAGAGGGUCAUCCAGUACUUCGCCAGCAUCGCAGCAGGUGGGAAGAAAGAUGCCAGUUCUGAGAAAAAGGGAACUCUGGAGGAUCAAAUCAUCCAGGCUAACCCUGCCUUGGAGGCCUUUGGUAACGCCAAGACCAUCAGGAACGACAACUCCUCCAGAUUUGGUAAAUUCAUUCGUAUUCACUUCGCUGCCAGUGGAAAGCUGGCCUCGGCAGAUAUUGAAACAUAUCUGCUGGAAAAGUCCCGUGUCAUCUUUCAGCUCAAGGCUGAGAGAGAUUAUCACAUCUUCUACCAGAUUCUAUCCCAGAAAAAACCUGAGCUGCUCGAGAUGCUGCUCAUCACAAACAACCCCUAUGACUACGCCUUCAUCUCCCAAGGAGAGACGACCGUAGCCUCCAUUAAUGAUGCUGAGGAGCUGAUGGCCACUGAUGAUGCGUUUGAUGUGCUGGGCUUCACUCAAGAGGAGAAGAACGGCAUUUACAAGCUGACUGGUGCCAUCAUGCAUUAUGGCAACAUGAAGUUCAAGCAGAAGCAGCGAGAGGAGCAGGCAGAGGCCGACGGCACCGAGGAUGCUGACAAAGUUGCGUAUCUAAUGGGCCUGAACUCUGCCGACCUCAUCAAGGGUCUCUGUCACCCAAGAGUCAAAGUAGGAAAUGAGUGGGUCACCAAGGGUCAAAAUGUACAGCAGGUGUAUUAUGCCAUUGGUGCACUGUCAAAGGCAGUGUAUGAGAAGAUGUUUCUAUGGAUGGUGGUGAGAAUUAACCAAUCCCUGGACACCAAACAGCCUCGUCAGUACUUCAUCGGUGUACUGGACAUUGCUGGGUUUGAAAUUUUUGAUCUCAACACCUUUGAGCAGCUCUGCAUCAACUUCACCAAUGAAAAACUGCAACAGUUUUUCAACCACCACAUGUUUGUGCUGGAGCAGGAAGAGUACAAGAAAGAAGGCAUUGAAUGGACCUUCAUAGACUUUGGUAUGGAUCUGCAGGCCUGCAUCGACCUGAUUGAAAAGCCCAUGGGUAUCAUGUCCAUCCUUGAAGAGGAGUGCAUGUUCCCUAAAGCCACCGACGCCACAUUUAAAGCUAAGCUCUACGACAACCAUCUGGGAAAAUCCAACAACUUCCAGAAGCCCAGAAUCGUCAAAGGGAAACCAGAGGCUCAUUUUGCCCUGAUGCAUUACGCUGGAACUGUUGAUUAUAACAUCAACAACUGGCUGGUGAAGAACAAGGAUCCUCUGAAUGAGACUGUGGUUGGACUUUACCAGAAGUCAAACCUUAAGAUUUUGUCUUUCCUCUUUGCAAAUUAUGCUGGAGCAGACUCAGCUCAGGAGGGUGGGAAAGGGAAAGGUGGUGGAAAAAAGAAAGGUUCAUCCUUCCAAACUGUGUCUGCUUUGCACAGGGAGAACCUGAACAAGCUGAUGACCAACUUGAGGUCUACUCACCCCCACUUUGUCCGCUGCAUCAUCCCUAAUGAGACCAAGACUCCUGGGGCCAUGGAGAAUCCUCUGGUGAUGCACCAGCUGCGCUGUAACGGUGUGUUGGAAGGAAUCAGGAUCUGCAGGAAGGGCUUCCCCAACAGGAUCCUCUAUGGAGACUUCAAGCAGAGAUAUCGCAUCCUGAAUCCUGCUGCCAUCCCUGAGGGCCAGUUCAUCGACAGCAGGAAGGGAGCUGAGAAACUGCUCGGGUCUCUGGAUAUUGAUCACAAUCAAUACAAGUUUGGGCACACCAAGGUGUUCUUCAAAGCUGGUCUUCUUGGGCAACUAGAGGAAAUGAGAGAUGACCGUUUGUCCCUCAUCAUCACCGGAAUCCAAGCGCGAUCCAGGGGGCUGCUCGCAAGAGUGGAAUUCCAGAAGAUCGUUGAAAGGAGAGAUGCACUGCUGGUGAUCCAGUGGAACAUCCGAGCCUUCAUGGGGGUCAAGAAUUGGCCUUGGAUGAAGCUUUACUUCAAGAUCAAACCUCUGCUGAGAUCUGCAGAAGCAGAAAAGGAGAUGGCGAAUAUGAAGGAGGAAUUCCUGAAGUUGAAAGAGGCUUAUGCAAAGUCUGAGGCUCGCAGAAAGGAACUGGAGGAGAAAAUGGUCUCUCUGCUCCAAGAGAAGAAUGACCUGCAGCUCCAAGUUCAAGCUGAGCAAGAUAAUCUUGCUGAUGCUGAGGAAAGAUGUGAAGGGCUCAUCAAACACAAAAUUCAGAUGGAGGCAAAAGCCAAAGAACUGUCUGAGAGGCUUGAGGAUGAGGAGGAGAUGAACGCAGAACUGACUGCGAAGAAGAGGAAGCUGGAGGAUGAGUGCUCUGAGCUGAAGAAAGACAUUGAUGACUUAGAGUUAACUCUGGCUAAAGUGGAGAAAGAGAAACACGCCACUGAGAACAAGGUUAAAAACCUGGUUGAGGAGAUGGCUGCUUUGGAUGAAAUCAUUGCCAAGUUGACGAAGGAAAAGAAAGCUCUACAGGAAGCUCAUCAACAAACACUGGACGACCUGCAGAGUGAAGAAGACAAAGUCAACACUCUGACCAAGGCCAAGUCUAAGCUGGAGCAGCAAGUGGAUGACCUUGAAGGUUCACUGGAACAAGAGAAAAAGGUUCGGAUGGACCUUGAGAGAGCAAAGAGGAAGCUGGAGGGAGACCUGAAGCUGACCCAGGAAAGUCUAAUGGACAUAGAGAAUGACAAGCAACAACUUGAAGAGCAUCUGAAAAAGAAAGACUUUGAACUGAGUCAGCUCAAUAAUAAAAUAGAAGAUGAGCAGGCCAUCGCCAUUCAGCUUCAAAAGAAACUGAAGGAACUACAGGCCCGCAUCGAGGAGCUGGAGGAAGAGCUGGAGGCAGAACGAGCUGCCCGAGCCAAGGUGGAGAAGCAGAGGGCAGACUUGGCCAGAGAACUGGAGGAGAUCAGUGAGAGGUUGGAGGAGGCUGGAGGAGCAACAGCUGCUCAGAUUGAGAUGAACAAGAAGAGGGAGGCUGAGUUCCAGAAACUCCGCAGAGACCUGGAAGAGGCCACUCUGCAACACGAAGCCACUGCCUCCACACUCAGGAAGAAACAAGCUGACAGCGUCGCUGACCUGGGGGAGCAGAUCGACAACCUUCAGAGAGUCAAACAGAAACUGGAGAAGGAGAAGAGUGAGCUCAAACUAGAGCUGGAUGAUGUGGUCUCCAAUAUGGAACAUAUUGCAAAGACAAAGACAAAUCUAGAGAAGACCUGCAGGACUAUGGAAGAUCAGAUGAAUGAAUAUAAGACAAAGUUUGAAGAGGCGCAACGCUACAUCAAUGACUACAAUAUGCAAAAAGCAAAGCUUCAGACAGAGAAUGGUGAGCUCUCAAGGCAACUGGAGGAGAAGGACUCCUUGGUAUCUCAGCUAACCAGAGGAAAAAUGUCCUACACUCAACAGGUUGAGGACCUUAAACGUCAGCUGGAGGAGGAGACCAAGGCUAAGAGCGCCCUGGCCCAUGCAGUUCAGUCUUCCCGUCAUGACUGUGACCUGCUCAGGGAGCAGUAUGAAGAAGAGCAGGAGGCCAAAGCUGAACUGCAACGUGGCAUGUCUAAAGCCAACUCUGAGGUGGCUCAGUGGAGAACUAAGUAUGAAACUGAUGCCAUCCAGAGGACGGAGGAACUGGAGGAAGCCAAGAAGAAGCUGGCUCAGCGUCUGCAGGAGGCUGAGGAGGCUGUGGAGGCAGUGAAUGCUAAGUGUUCAUCUCUAGAGAAAACCAAACACAGACUCCAGAAUGAGAUUGAAGAUCUCAUGGUGGAUGUGGAGAGGUCUAAUGCUGCUGCUGCUGCUCUGGACAAGAAGCAAAGAAACUUUGACAAGGUUUUGUCUGAGUGGAAGCAGAAAUAUGAAGAAUCUCAGUGUGAGCUGGAGAGCUCCCAAAAGGAGGCCAGGGCUCUGAGCACUGAACUCUUCAAACUGAAGAACUCUUAUGAAGAGUCCCUGGAUCAUCUGGAGACCAUGAAGAGAGAGAACAAGAACUUACAGGAGGAGAUUUCUGACCUGACUGAGCAACUUGGUGAGGGAGGAAAAAACAUCCAUGAGCUGGAGAAGCUCAGAAAACAACUGGAACAAGAGAAGAAUGAGAUCCAGUCUGCUCUCGAGGAAGCAGAGGCUUCUCUGGAGCAUGAGGAAGGGAAGAUCCUCAGAGCCCAGUUGGAGUUCAAUCAGAUCAAAGCUGAUAUUGAGAGGAAACUGGUGGAGAAAGAUGAGGAGAUGGAGCAGUCCAAGAGGAACCUGCAGAGGACCAUCGAUACCCUGCAGAGCUCCCUGGAAGCUGAGUGUCGCAGCAGGAACGAGGCCCUUCGCAUUAAGAAGAAGAUGGAAGGGGACCUCAAUGAGAUGGAGAUCCAGCUCAGCCAGGCCAACAGGCAGGCAGCUGAGGCCCAAAAACAACUCAAAUCUAUUCACGCACAUCUCAAGGAUUGCCAGAUUCAGCUGGAUGAGUCUGUCCGGGCCAACGAUGAUCUCAAAGAGAACAUUGCUAUCGUUGAGAGACGCAACAACCUCCUUCAGGCAGAGCUGGAGGAGCUGAGAGCUGCUCUAGAGCAAACUGAGAGGAGUCGCAAGAUGGCAGAGCAGGAGCUUCUGGAUGUUAGUGAGAGGGUGCAGCUACUGCACUCACAGAACACUGGCCUCAUAAACCAGAAGAAGAAGCUGGAGAUCGAUGCCUCCCAGCUCCAAACCGAAGUGGAGGAGGCAGUGCAGGAGUGUAGAAAUGCUGAAGACAAGGCCAAGAAGGCCAUCACUGAUGCUGCCAUGAUGGCGGAGGAGCUGAAGAAAGAGCAGGACACCAGCGCUCACCUGGAACGCAUGAAAAAGAACAUGGAGCAGACCAUCAAAGACCUACAGCAUCGUCUGGAUGAAGCUGAGCAGAUCGCCAUGAAGGGAGGCAAGAAGCAGCUGCAGAAGCUGGAGGCCAGGGUGAGGGAGCUUGAGAAUGAAGUCGAGUUGGAGCAGAAGAAAAGUAGUGAAGCAGUGAAGGGAAUUCGGAAAUAUGAAAGACGCAUCAAGGAGCUCACGUACCAGACUGAGGAAGACCGCAAGAAUGUGGUGCGUCUUCAGGAUCUGGUCGACAAACUGCAGCUGAAAGUCAAGGCCUAUAAGAGAUCUGCUGAGGAGGCUGAGGAACAGGCCAACACCCAUCUGAGUAAGUUCCGGAAGCUGCAGCACGAGUUGGACGAAGCUGAGGAGAGGGCGGACAUCGCAGAGUCCCAAGUCAACAAGCUGAGAGCCAAGAGCCGCGACGUGGGGUCAAAGAAAGGACUUGAAGAGGAGUAA